CAGAAUUUCUGUUGAUUUCAAGCAGCGGCGCCCGGCGCAGAUAUAUGACGUGUCUUUUUCAAUUUUUCAAGCAUAUUUUUGAAAAUAAAGUCAAAAUUGAUUAUAAAAUUAUGGCCCCUAAAGAAAGUGAUACCAAAGGAAAGGAGGAAAAGCAACCAGUAAAAAUUAAUAAAUGGGACAGUUCUGCAGUGAAGAAUUCUUUGGAUGAUGCAGUUAAGGAAGUGCUAACAAAAAAAUAUAAUUAUGUUGAAAAUUUUGCACUUAUGGAUGGAAGGCUUGUGAUUUGUAGUAUAGCAGUAGGGGUAGCAAUGUUUGCUCUGCUUUGGGAUUAUUUGUAUCCUUUUCCUCAGUCAAGGCCAGUUUUGAUAUUUAGUGUACUAACAUAUUUCUUUAUGAUGGGUGUUUUAACACUUUAUCAGUCAUAUAAGGAGAAAGGUAUUUUUGCUGUUUGUGUACAGAAGGAAGGAGCAAGGAAAGGAACUGUUUGGGAAGCAAGUUCUUUUAUGUCUAAAUACGAUGAUAUUUAUGAACUUCAUUUAUCAGUAAAAGAUCCAAAGUCGAAGGCAGCAGCUCGAGAAGCAAAAUCAAAAAAGAGUUGUGCCAAUUUUAUAGAUGUUAAUGGUUUUGUCUGUCGUGAUAUACUAGAAAAUGAAGUUUCUAGACUGCACAACUCCCUCCUCAGUGAACGAAAGGAUAAAUAGCAUUUCAAAAUUUAUCUAAAUAUACCUAUCUAAUUCCAUUUAUUGUUAAGUGACUUUUUAUAAGACUAAUUUAUUUUUCUUUUUUCGAACAGUGAAUGAAUAUUUAAAAUGAUA